AUCCGGCCAUCCCCGGUCACGGUCGAGGAAGACCCGGAGGAUUGAAGAAGAAGGGAAUGGAGAGGAAGGAAGUAAACUGCAGUCAGUCUAAUCGGCGAUCGCCAUCACUUUUCUGUCGCAGAACCGAUCAGAGCGUCUACCCUCAACCCACGAUGGUCUCACCACUCGGACAGCCCGGGAAAACGAGGCAGCAGCAGCAGCAGCAGCAAUCAAGGGCAAUCAGGGCAUCAGUCAUGGCAUCAACCAGUCGACGGAACGGCGCGGGAGGAUCCAAAUCAGCGGGUGCAGCCGGAAUCCGACGUCGGGCGGAAGCGAGCUGUCCGACGAGGAGCGUAAACGGGGAGGACCGAAACGGAUAAGGAAUAAGUAUCCGGCGCGAUCUCGUUUCCCGUACCCUCCCGAUGAUCGGGGGAGGUCAUCGGAGAUCAGGAGCGACGAUCUCGCCACGAUUCUUCAAUCCACAACCACCACCGUCAUACGGCUGUUAUAUUUUUGUAUUUCAUUGCAUCCAUUCGUUGGAUUUUAUCGCAAUUAUCGCGCAUCAUUUGUUGAAGUUUAUCGGCAUUUAUCACGCAUUUCGCACGCGCAAGAGAGGAAAAAGCAGGCUUCCACGUGUCUACCCGGGCGAGCCUGAGGAUAAUUAUUGAUCUUGAAUGAUUUGUCUUGCACACUCGAAACGCGCCUUCGAACGAGACGUCCUCGAGGCGCGACACACACAAAGCUCCGCGAGUUUUAAGUAUCUGUAUAAUAACGUACACCUUCCGACCUCAAGAUUCAAAGCAGCAAUUUCUUUCGUUGGACCGACCACCUUCCGUCUCGACGAGACUCACUCGGCUCCAGACGGCACAAUCGUCUGAUCGUUCCGUCUCCGACGCGACCCUUUUCGGAAACUCGGAAAUCCCUCCCGACUGGCGGAGGCUGCACCUGUCGAUUCUCGCCGGACCGAAGAGCAAAAGCAAACUUCUCAAAAGCAAAACCGAAAUCAAAUCACUCACUUUCUCUAACACUUGGAGCAUCAAAAACAGCAACACCUGGAAAAACGCACUUACUAUCACUAUUAUUAUUAUUACUUCAAAAAACAUAAAGCAAAGAAGAAAAAACGCCGACGUUACUCUCACCCUCGCAGCCAACUAUACUAAUACUAAUGAUAGUAACACUAUCGACGAAAAUUCCUCUGGAAAAAUUAUGGAAAUAUCAGCGCGUGCACCACGCGGCGCACUUCAGGCACACACAGGCCACUUUGGAACGCAGCAAAAAGCACACACAUACACGCAUACGUUAUACACGCAUGUACACGCACGCGCACGUAAGUACUCGCGUUGUUUCCGCAGCGCGAGAAAUUCGCGAGAGUUUCCCCGGAUCCACUGCCUCGCUCGAAAAAUUGGAUCGGAAAGGACGAAACGCGUCUCUCUCCUCGGAAAAAAGGCCCACGGCAUGGACGGAAUUUCGUUCCUCCGACCUCCAACCAGGCUCACCCCUUCGGUCUACACGCACAAGUGCAAGUCUCGCAAACCUUCAGGAUUAUUAUAAUUUCGCAGAGCACCAACAAACGCGGCCGCGGCAGGACGCGCGACCCUUUUCUUCCGUUUUACAGGAUGGCAUCACCGCGGGUCAUCGCACCGCGAGAUGAAAAAACAAGAAUAACAAAAAAAGUUUUCUCGUUACACUUCCCUACGUUUUAAUUUACUGCGCUGCGACAUCACCAAAGAGAUAAAAACGUGAUUCCAAGUUCACGUACGACUUAUUCGGUCAUUAUUUGAGCUUGUUGCCGGCAAUUUUGCGUGAACCAGUUUCCGCAAGACUACUUAUUCUUUUGAUUAUUUCAAAUCGGUUCAAAACAGGAGACGAUCGACGUUUCAAUGACGCGCAUCGCCAAUCAACGGCAUGCGGCGAAUCAAGGCUUCGGAGCAGAUCAAAAGCGCCAAAUCGCAAAAAGAAAAAAUCGGAAAUCACGACGUAAAUUACGCAAAUCACGUGCAGCCAAAACAGUCCUGCACGGUAUCAGAACAAAAAAGAAAAUAAAGCACUUUUCCAGAGUUCAAUCUGGCGAAGAAUAAUAACCAAAAGGCUCUCGAUCGAAAUUCGUCAUGUUAUUUCGGAUCGACGAGUUAGUGCAUCGUCAAACGCCUGACCCGUAAUUUCUCGAACAAUUAAUGAUCAGCAAACAAAAAAAA